UCGUACUGAACCAGUCCAGUCGAGCGUUAGUACGCGUGGCUGCCGUUUCGUUGUUUCGGCGGCGCUCGGCGCAAGGUUCGGUCUGGUCGGUGUGGUGGUGGGCCCUCUCGGCAGGAGGGAGGGGGUAACCUGGUUCCGCGCAUAGAGCAACAGACAAGGAAAAAGAUAGUCCGCGGAGAGAGAAAGCAGGACAGAAAUCAGAGCAGGACGGUGCAGAGAGCGGAGACCAACGUGUCUCCUCUCCGUGUGCAUGCGUUCCGUGCCCGUCGUACGGCAGCGCACGGUGUGUGUGCGUCGUCGCCGCGCCGCGAGAAAGAGAAAGAGAGGGAGAGAGAGGGAACGAGAGUAACAAGACAGAAGGACGUAUGCGUGGCGCGGUGAGAAACGUGUUACGAACAGUGACAGACAAGAUGGCGGUGUGCCUUGUGCGGUGGUAGUAACGGUGGUGCGUGUGGCGCGUCGAAGAUAAAAAAGAAACGAGAAAAAGAAAAAAGGGAAAAAGGAGAACGCGGGAGGUACGACGGAAGGAAAGGGGGUUGGAAAAGGGUUGGCAGCUGGGAUAACGUGGUAUGGAGCCAGCUCUUACGUCGACCACGAGACGUCGCGGUCAUCAGCAUCAUCCGCGGCACGCAACGCGCCGACGUUUCGACGCCUCCAGCAGAGGACCCGCGCAGUGUGGCCCUGCUGGUAUCGUUAAGAACACGGUGAUCGGCAUCGACGAGCAAUCGUCGACCGUCACGUCGGCCAGGCUCGACGAAAAAAGCUGUGUCAUCGACACGGAGUGUUCGCCGCCGCCGGUGACACGAGCCGCGACCGUCGGCGCGAGGUGGCACCGUAACCCCGCGAUACCGCCGUCUUUGAUCGUCAAAGACACGUCGAAGGAAGAGACGACGAACAUCGAACAAAGGCUCGCGCAGUGUAGCCCCGAUGUUCGAACCGAACGACACGAACAACAACAACAGCAACAACGGCCCGUCCGUAAGAGUAAACACGAAGACGAGAGCUAUGACAGCUUCGACGUUGACGCGUCGUCGUUGGACAGGCCACGGAUGGGACCUCAUGGCAAAGAGAUCGACGACGACACGUUCUUCGAUACGAGGGGCAAAGAUGCAUCGCCGGAGCCUGAGCACGCGGUCGCGAGGGCUCGCGGCGACGGGAACUCGGACGAUGACGAGGAUCCCGAGCUGGUCGAGUUGGCCAAACUCAGAUGUCCCAGCGAGAGGGCCGAGGUGCAGGCCGAGAGGGAGGCCAGGAGACGAAGAAGAUGCGCCGAUUAUCCUGGACUGGCUUUCGGCUCCUCCAUAUUCUCCAGCGAAACGAUGAUUAAGUUCCGGCUGAUACAGAACGAACUGCAGAACACUAUGGGGAACCAGCUGAAACGGGCUGAAUCGGAAGUCGCCGCUCUGAACCGUCGCAUCCAGCUGUUGGAGGAGGACCUCGAGAGAUCCGAGGAGCGCCUCGCAACCGCCACUGCUAAAUUAGCAGAGGCGUCGCAGGCCGCGGACGAGAGCGAACGGAUACGCAAGGCACUCGAAAACCGUACCAAUAUGGAGGACGACCGGGUAUCCUUGUUGGAGCAGCAGCUAGCACAGGCUAAACUGAUCGCCGAGGAGGCGGAUAAAAAAUACGAGGAGGUCGCCAGAAAACUAGUCAUGAUGGAACAGGAUCUCGAGCGCGCCGAGGAGAAGGCGGAACUGUCGGAAGGGAAGAUCGUCGAGCUGGAGGAGGAACUGCGCGUGGUUGGCAACAACCUGAAAUCCCUCGAGGUCUCCGAGGAGAAGGCGACGCAAAGAGAGGAGACUUUCGUGGGACAGGUGAAGAUCCUGGAUAGUCAAUUGAAGGAGGUAAGUGAUCGAUGAACCGGAAGUUGGGUCUUCCGGAGCCGCGAAAUUCGAAUUCGAAGAUGUUGUGAAAAGAAGUUAAAAUUCUCGGGUUAUUUUACCAUAAUUAUUUAAAUGAUCUUUUAUCAUUUUUCGUUAUCGCAUCUUGAAUCGGAGACAUUGUUUUCGUUGUUUCGUAGUUUAAUUGGAUAUUGUACA